UUAGAAUGCUCGCUGAGAUUGUCAAGAAUGCGAACGUAAGACGCGUUUCUUGCGCGUCUGUUGUCCUGAUCUUCCACCAUUUGUCAACUCCAUGUCUUCUGCAAAAGGACCAGUUGUAGUUGUCACUGGUGCCUCGAGAGGCAUCGGGUUGGCUGUUACCAGGAUUCUCCUGUCUCUUAACGCUCGGGUCGUUGGACUGGGCCGGUCGCCAUCGAGUGCGCACACCGAACUGGAGUCCCUCAUCACUUCGCACUCAACAAGCUUCUCCUACCUUUCACUUGAUGUCACGGCUCCCGGUGCCGCUUCCACUGCUGUUGACUCUGCUGUAAAGAAGUUCGGCCGUCUGGAUGCAGUUGUUCACAAUGCUGGAAUUCUUGACCCCAUCACCAAAGUCGCAGAUGCUGAUCUCGAUGCAUGGAGGAGGUGCUUGGAGGUGAAUUUUUUCGCCGGCAUAUCGAUCUUCCAACAAGCUGCCAAUUACUUGAGGAAUGUGAAUGGAAAAUUCAUUCUAGUGAGCUCAGGAGCUGCCACGGGCGCCAAAGAAGGAUGGGUUCCUUACUGUACCGCCAAGGCGGCGUCCAACAUGUUGAUUGCUGGUCUCGGGUUGGAAGAGAAGAACAUAGUUUCUGUGGCGCUGCGACCAGGCGUUGUUGACACCGAUAUGCAGACCCUGAUUCGCGAGACCGGUCGAACAGCAAUGGGAGAUGCUUCGCAUGAUCAAUUUGUUCAGUUUAAGGAACAAGGAAAGCUUCUCCACCCUGAUGUGCCGGGUUAUGUGAUAGCGAAGUUGGCACUGGACGCACCUAUGGAACUUAGCGGACAGUUCAUCAGCUGGAACGAUGCAAAGCUUGCCGCAUUCCAGAACCCCAAGACCAUGUAGCAUUAGCGUUGCAUAGAGAAUUGUGCAUUACAUAGAAUCAUUGACACAUUCAUGAGACCAUUGAAACGGCGUAGCCAAAACACGGGCAGGUUAUCUAAUAGGUACUCUUCACCACACACUUUCUAUAUGCCCAAUUGGCUUAAAAAAGAACAUGCAGGCAGAUGAAUAAUCUCCCG